UUUGCACACGUACAAUCAUGUCGAAGAGUGAUCUGAAAGCUAAGAUCCAAGCUGUAUUUGACGAGAUGUGCAAGGAAUAUAACACGAAUAAUGUAGAGAGGUUUUUAGAUACUUUCAGUGACGAUGCCCAGUGUUUGCCUCCAGGGGAAAAACUAGUAUCAGGGAAAAAAGAUAUCGGUAAGCUCCUAACACGACACAUAGAGAAGUACAGUGAUGUGAGCAUUGAUGUGCACGAAGUAGGUUCAGCUGGCGGUAAUGAAGAAGUCUACUCACUCGCUGUGUAUAAUGAACAAAAGCUUGAUGGAUCCGGUACGGUGACUGGUAAAACAUUAACUAUUUGGAAACUAAUUGAUGGCCAGUACAAGAUAUAUCAAUACAUUUGGAAUACAGACAGUGCGUAA